AUGGAAAUUUAUAUGAUCGGAAUAUAUUUUAUGAAAAAAUUUACAUAUACUGACAAGAAAGCCUUUUUUGGCACUCCUGAUAAAGAAGAGGACUCCUCGAUUUCGCCUCUGGUCCCCCCCACAGUUAGCAAAGACGAUUAUAAUGCAGAUGUUCUUAAUGGAAUUCAGGAUGAAACAACUCAGACUCUUAUUCUCAAUAAACAUAUUGAAGAUAUUAUUACUGAUGACAAAGAACCGGAUCAAUCUGAAAAGAGAGCUGCAUUUGACACCACCAAGGAAUCUGUUACUCCUGAGAUCUGUAAAGCUAUUACUUCUACAGCGGAUGAUGAUGGUCGUAUUGAAUUAAAUGAAACAGUGUGUAGAGAACUCGAUCUUUCAAAGGAGGAAAUUAUUAAUGCAGUUCAGAACAACAUUACUAAUAAAAAACUUAAAUCGCCUGGAUUGCUUUCAACUGCUAUUAAUCUUUCUUAUCUUAGAAAUGCUGCGUCUGAAUUUAAAGAUCAAUGGGAAGAUAAAUACGAUAAUGCUCGUGAAUAUCUCUCGAAGCAAAUAAGAGACGCUAAUGCUGAGAAAGAACUUUUGGAGUUCACGGAUAAUUAUGUAAUCGACAAUUGCGCCAAAAAAGCUAUUAAAGAUAAAAAGAGGUCUGCUAUUGUACAUAUUCAAACAUCAAUAACUCCCGAUAAAUAUAAAGCAGUAGUAUCUAAACAAAAAGAAGAUGGAUCCUUUGAAUUGAAUGAGACUAUUUGUAAAGAAUUAGACGUUCCUAUAGAAGACAUUACGACUACAGUCAAAUUGAACACUAAUAACAAAAGACUACGAUCUCCAAAAUCGGAUUCAUGGUGGAAGACAGCUCUUACCAUGAGUUAUCUUCAAGUUGCCUCACCUCAUUAUGAAAGCCAAUGGAAAGGUAAAUUUAACAAAGCCUACGAAUAUCUAUCUAAACAAAUUGGUGACGAGAAUAUUGAAAAAGAAUUAUUAAAGUGUACUAGUAAAUAUGUGAUUGAUCGAGCAUAUGAACUUGAUAAUAGUCAAGAAAAAGUUAUUUAUGUUCCAAAACUUGGUUUCAACGAAGAAAUUCUUCAAAAAGUUCAUGAAGAAUUACGUUCCUCCGUCGAUGCAGACGCUGCUCGUACAAUUUGCAGUACUCAGCGAGAAGACGGUUCCUUUACCUUAAAUUCUUUAAUAACUGACCAUCUCGGUAUAAAGCCAGAAGAAGCUAUUAAAUCCCCUAAACGAUUCGCUAUUUGUCCUAGACUUAGGGAAUGUGAUGACUCUGUUUGGCAAACGGCUUUCACGAUCUAUUAUCUUAAGACUAUAUUAAUAAACUAUGAAAAUGAAUGGCGAAAUGCUUAUGAUAAUGCUAAUAAAUGGUUGUCUAAACAGAUCAAUGACACGACAUUGGAGAAAGAGUUAUUUUCUGCGUGUGAACAAUACUUAAUUUAUUCAACUAAUCUCAAAGAUACAGAAAGACUCAAGAUUCUCAAACUUAGAGUCGACGACAAAACACGCAAAGAACUUUUUGAUGAUUUACGCUCUAAUGUCACAGCAGAUCUGGCUCGUUCACUUUGCUCUGCACAAGAAAGCAAUGGUUCAUUUUCUCCAAACGCUUUAACCAUGUUGCAUCCAUUAAUUCCUUCUCCGGCCAGUGCUGUUGAAUCUCUUAAACUUUAUGUUGGUAGUACAAAACUUAACACUUGUAAUGAUUCAAUUUGGUACACAGCCUUUAUAAUUUAUUACUUUAAAAGUGUUUUGGUAAAUUAUAAGAAAGAAUGGCACCAUGCACAUGAUCGCGCUAACAUCUGGAUAACUGAGCAAAUUGACGAUGCUGAAGCAGAAAAGGAAUUAUAUUCUGCUUGUGAACAAUAUUUGAUCCAUCAAGGUGUUGAUUUCAUUAACAAUCGAGGCAGAAUCGAAGAAUCUCAAGAAGAGAUCGAGGUUAUUGAAGUUCGAGUUAGCGAAGAAACGCGUAAAGCUGUUCAUAAAAGUCUUCGUGAUGAUGUUACAGAGGAAGUCGCUCGCACACUUUGUAACACUCAAGAACCCAACAGUUCGUUCACCCUACAUAAAUCAAUUUCUGACCAUCUUAAAAUUCCUUCAAUUGAUAAUGCCGUUGAGUCACUCAAGCCUUAUGUAGGAAGUUCAUUCUUGAGAAGCUGUAAUCCGCCUAUAUGGUGUACAGCUCUUACAAUCACAUAUUUAAAAACUGUUUGUGAUAACUACGAGCAAGUAUGGAGACCUGCCUAUGAACGUGCAGCAGAGUGGAUUAGUCAACAAUGUAAAGACCCUGAAGAUGAAAGAGAAUUAUACUCUGCAUGUGACCAAUACUUAAUCAAACAGGGUGCCGAAAUCCUUAAAGAAAAAAAUAGACAACGUCUUUCUAAAAGACAAGAAACAUCCAAGUCUAUGGAAACUCCUUUUAAACAACUUUAA